AAAAACAAACUCAAAGGUUUUAUUUAUUUAAAUCUUUCGUAUAGCCAUUACGCUUAGGCAUAGAUCUCUAAAACGCUGUCAUUAUAAAACAACAGCAAAAAAUAAUAAAAAUCAAGUAAGCGGCUAUGUGUUUCUCUUUUUCCUUCGACCAAUCGAUGACAGAAAUAUCGAUCAAGCAUCUUAAUCGUUCACUGCGCUGCUUUAAAACGAACAAACAUGGCUUUGAGACGAGCGCUGCAUUUUGUAUUUAAAGUCGCUGACAGGCGAAAAACAGCCACGUUUUACCGAGACGUGUUGGGCAUGAAGGUUUUACGCCAUGAAGAGUUUGAAGAGGGGUGCAAAGCAACCUGUAAUGGUCCCUAUGAUGGAAAAUGGAGUAAGACCAUGGUUGGCUUUGGCUCAGAAGAUGACCACUUUGUUGCUGAACUGACAUACAAUUAUGGAGUGGGAGAAUAUCAGCUUGGCAAUGAUUUCUUGGGUCUCACCGUGCAGUCAAGCCGAGCUGUCAGUAAUGCUAAACGUAUGGGAUGGCCUCUCACUGAGGUAGAAGAAGCUCUGUAUCUCACUCAUGCUCCAGGAGGGUAUCGCUUCUACCUGGUAGAUAAAGAACAGCCUGACGGCGACCCUGUGCAGAAGGUUUGUCUGGCGGUGUCAGACCUGCAGAGAUCAACCCAUUACUGGGCUACACUCCUGGGGAUGAAGGUGAUGGAAACAAAUGAGCAAAAGAAAACUGUGCUGAUGGGCUACACGGACACUCAGUGUAAGUUGGAGCUUCAUGAUGUCGGCGGAACAGUAGAUCACGGAACAGCAUUUGGAAGAAUUGCAUUUUCCUGUCCCCGGGAGCAGCUGCCUGACCUGGAGGCCUUGAUGAAGAAGGCGAAUCAGAGGAUACUAACCUCGCUGGUCAGUUUGGACACUACGGGCAAAGCCACAGUGGAAGUGGUGAUUCUGGCCGACCCUGACGGCCAUGAGAUUUGCUUCGUGGGCGAUGAAGCUUUCAGACAGCUGUCAGCUAUGGAUCCACAAGGACACGAUUUGCUCGAUAAGGCUAUGGCUGAAGAUAAAAGUGACGAGUGGUUUGCCAAACACAACAGACAGAAAGCAGCUGCCUGAGCUGAAGAGCGUUUGCUGGGAAUGUGUCGGUAAACCUGUGACGUAACUCUGCGAGACUUGUUUCCAUCCUGGAGGCGUGACACAAGAGAAACGACUCCACUCAAAACAUUCACUCAAACAACUUUGUCACUUCCUGAAUUAUUGUUUCCAUUCGGUUAAUGUGUUGAUCCUGUUUUUAUUAUUAUUCAAUAAGGUCACAAUUGAAAAUUAAGUAGUCUAUGAAAUGUCAGGAAAUGAAGAUCAAAUAAAAGUCCAGUAUAUUCUGAACAA